AGCGCCCCCGGGGCCCCGCCCCCGUGAGUAGGGGCGGGCCGGGCUGGGGGCGGUCUCGGAGCCCAGGUUUAAUCCCCGGGUUUCCGUGGUCCAGGUUCACAGGCUCUCCGAACGCCGGCUCUAGCGUCCUCCUGCCCGACGGUCGCCGCCUCCGCGCCGCAGCCGGCCAGCUGUGCGCUCCCGCUAACCCUCGGGCCGGCAGGCCGGGAGCCGAGGCUCUCCCCGGGACCCUUCCGGCGCCCGCUGACCGCGGGACUCGGGCCCACUCCUCGGCGCCCGCUGACCGCGGGACUCGGGAGGCCCCCGCCUUUGGGCUAGCGGAGCGCGAGCCGUGGCCCCGGGAGCUCGGGCUUUGGCCUCACUGCCCUCCCGGAGGCGGGAGGCACCGAGCCCGGGGAAGAAGCUCGCCUCCCCCGAGGGGGUGCAGAACUGAGCCGGGCGGCCCCGCUGACCUCGGAGGCGUCCGGGAGCCCGAGGGAGCCGGCUCUUGGGACCUCGCGCAGUCUUCCUCAGCGCCCGGCCCCGAGAACCCUAGGGAGCAGAGAUGGUGGCGGAGACGGUCCCGGGAAGUCCCAAGCCGCGCGCGGCCAACGGCGCGGGCCCCCCCAGCGCCCAGCCCUCCGGCUGCUGCGGGGGGCUGCGGGUGCCGCGGGUGCGCUCGUGCCUGCGCGCCAACCUGCUGGUGCUGCUGACCUUGGCCGGCGUGGCGGCCGGCGCGGCCGUGGGCUUGGCCGUGGCGCGCUGGGGGCCGCGCCUGAGCCCCGCGCAGCUGGUGGCCUUCUCGUUCCCGGGCGAGCUCCUGCUGCGCCUGCUGCGCCUGAUCAUCCUGCCGCUGGUGGUGUGCAGCCUGGUAGGCGGCGCCGCCAGCCUGGACCCGGCCUCGCUCGGCCGCAUGGGCGGCUGGGCGCUGCUCUUCUUCCUGCUCACCACGCUGCUGGCCUCUGCCCUGGGCGUCGGACUGGCCUUCGCCCUGAACCCCGGAGUGGGCACCCAGGCCCGCGAGACGCAGCAAGCGCAGCUGCCCCCCACCAAGGAGGUGCUCGACUCCUUCCUGGACCUCUUCAGGAAUAUCUUUCCAGAUAACCUUGUGUCGGCUGCCUUCCGCUCUUAUUCCACCGAGUACGAGCUGAAUAACUCCAACAUGACCCUGACGAAGUCCCCAUUGGCGGGAAGUGGAAGGAUGAACAUCCUGGGGCUGGUGGUGUUCGCCAUGGUGCUCGGGGUCGCCCUCCGGAAGAUGGGCGCAGAAGGGGAGCUGCUCAUCCGCUUCUUCAACUCCUUCAACGAGGCCACGAUGAUCAUGGUGUCCUGGAUCAUGUGGUACGCCCCCGUGGGCAUCAUGUUCCUGAUCGCGGGCAAGAUCGUGGAGAUGGAGGACGUGGGCCAGCUCUUUGCCAGCCUGGGCAAGUACGUGUGCUGCUGCAUCCUGGGGCACAUCAUCCACGGGCUGCUGGUGCCCCUCAUCUACUUCGUGGUCACGCGCAAGAACCCUUACCGCUUCCUGUGGGGGAUCGUGCCGGCGCUGGCCACGGCCUUCGGGACCUCCUCCAGGGCCGCGUGCCUCCGGGCCUUGGUCACCUGCUGCGAGGCGGAGGAAAGCAGGGUCUCCAAACACAUCAGCCGGUUCAUCCUGCCCAUCGGGGCCACGGUCAACAUGGACGGCGCCGCCCUCUUCCAGUGCGUGGCCGCUGUCUUUAUUGCCCAGCUGAACAACGUGCCCCUCAAGUUCAUCCAAGUCCUCACCAUCCUCAUCACGGCCACGGCCUCGAGCGUGGGGGCGGCUGGCAUCCCGGCGGGGGGCGUGCUGACCCUGGCUAUCAUCCUGGAGGCCAUCAGUCUGCCCACCAAAGACAUCUCCUUCAUCCUGGCGGUGGAUUGGCUGGUGGACCGCUUCUGCACCAUCAUCAACGUGGAAGGGGACGCCUUUGGGGCCGGCCUGCUGCAGUGCUACGUGGACCGCCACGGGGUGGGCCUGGACGGGCUGGGGCCCGAGCUGACCGAGGUCAAAGACACCGUGGCCGUGGUGGCCCUGUCCCCUGAGGCCGACCCCCUCAUUCUCAGGAAAGUCCAGCCUGGCGGCCUGGGGCCCGGGCCCACCUUUCGGUCAGUGGGGCUGGGGGCAGCUCCCAGGGGGAUCUCGGGCUGA